GUGUUAAUGCUAUAUCCUAAAGCGUGAUCUUUGCAGCUCUGGACAAGGGAACCCAUGAAUUGUUAAUGAUGAUCAACUAAAUGCUAAUACACUUUAAAAAGUAAUUUGAUGUCACAAUAGGGUCUUCAUAUUUCUGCUGGAAUUGACACAAUGCGUGCCUACUGAUUUUUCAUACAUUUACCAAAUUACAUUGUUUACAUGUGUUGUGCAUUUGUUGUUGCAGAAACGUUAAACAUAAAAGAUUUGUUGAUUUUUGUUUGAAUGUGAAACAAAAUGUGUCUAUGACACUUAAUUAUGGAUUGUAAUGAAAACCCGUGAAAGUGUUUGAGGGGAUGAUGCUCGAUUUGAUUGAAUUGUCACCAAGAGAAGAAGAAUGAAGAGUUUGCCCUGUGGAAAUGGCCGUACACGACUCAAUUGUUUUUAUUGAUCACUAUCAAUGUACAUUAACACGUCUCUCUCUCUCUCUCUCUGUGAAUGACUUGUUCAUCAGAGCUGGACAUUGUCUCCAAAAAUUAAUUAGGACUGACAUAAGGCCAUGGGAAAGUCGGGCUAACUUCCUAGGACAGUGUGUUCUUGACAUUAUGAGGAAUCAAGGACUUAACAGCUAGUAUAUAUGUAGAUGAUCUUUCCGCAAGGAUUUUGCAUAAUUGAUUUGUGUGUUGGAAAGAGGACACUAAAAUAUAUGAUUAAUGGAAGACCUUACAAAUCCAUAAUGUGAUUAAAGGAAAACAUUUUACUCAACAACAAAAUGGAUCGAUCAUUAUUCAAGAUGGAUGCAUGUACUUUCUUUUCAUAUAUUUAAUUUAAACUUAAAAACUGUUUCAUGUGAUAAUACAAGAAGUGUGAACUAUUUGAGACAGAAUUUUCAAUUGUUCCCAUCGGAACUUGUAGGGUCGAGAUAUCGCAAGAUUCCCACCUUUUAUGCCAUGUAUUGUACCCUUUACUCUGUCAAAAAUGGAUUACCCAAGACUUACAUAGUUGUAACAAAUUGUAUAGACAAACAUUGGCAUUUGUUUGUCUAAGGCAUUGUGACAAACUGUGUGUACUCUAUCUCUGUAUAUAACCAGCUAAUGGUCUGGUUUGCAUACACCGCCAAUCCGACACAACGGACUGGCCUGGAAGAGAGGCAGUGCGGGAGUGUAUCUGUGACAUCAAAAGAUACCGUAAAGAACAUCAAAUCCACCAUCUUGGCAACUAACAUAAAGCACAAAAAGUCCGGCAAACAUGCAUUAGCCCUCGGGACCAGUUUUGGACAUGUGCAUUCCUUUCUGAAGGAUGACCUUCACCUUCUUCAGAAGUUGGAGGAUGGUCAGGAUCAGUGUUUGAUGCUGACAAAGAAACCCAAGUCCUCCGUAAAACAGAUGCUAAAGUCCCAGAGCUGGACAAACCUUACAUCUCCCUCAAACUCUAGUGUCUUUCACAAAACUGAUGAAGAGGACUUCCGCAAAAAGUUCAAAUCUAAGAUGAAGAAGAAGCCAUCAUCUGAGUAUCGCUUAGCUCCUGUCAGAGAUUUGUCACCUCAGAACAACUCAUCUGACGAUGGAGGGUUCCUAAGUCAUCCUCGUACCACGGUCAAUCGCUGGAGGAGAAUGGAUGACACAGUGUCCGACCUCUCUGUGUCCAGUGGCUAUAAAUCCUUAGACAGGAAGGAUCACAAUAGCUUUCUGAGGCGAUCCUCUCAACCAAGAGAGGCACAGAACAACUAUCAACAGCUUCGCAAGGAUGGAAGGCAAUACCAAAGCCACAAUGACAUCUACUUCCAGUCUCCCAAGAAAGUUGUCAACAUACUGUCUGAGGAUGACAGCUGUACCAUAAAGAGUGAUGAAUUUUAUUCAGACACCAAUACCCAAGCUAAUACAACUCUGACUUCAGAGCUUGAUGAAUCAAAAGAUCAAGAAACAGUGGCCAGAUCUCACAGCUUGGGAGAUCUUUCUACUGGUUUGACUUUGUCAUUAGUGGGGCAGAGAAAAGCUGAGAGUAUUCAGAGUCUACCCUUAGCCUCCCAGAAAAAUCCCCCCAGGAAGACAAGUUAUGCCAAACGGAAAGCAGAGGUGAGGAGUCAAGCUAAACACCCUAAAGGCAAUAAAAAUAGACAGAGUAUAGAAAGUCAGAUACAGAGCAUAAUUCAGGCUGGGGAAGAGAGCGAUGUUACGUCAACCACACCUGAGAUGAACGGGACUCCCACCCAGCCCAUUAUCUGCAAAUCAAACAGUAAUUCACAACUGAUGAAAGAAAGUUCCCAAACAUCACUGAAUAAUGUACAUCGAGCAUUAAAAGCAGACUUGCUUCCCGACAAGCAUGGGAUAAGCAUGACAAAAGCCGAGAAAGAAGAGGACAAUUCUUCUGAUAAAAGCAACCAAUCAGCUAGGAGUACUGUCAAAACACCCAACAGACCUCGACGAACUCUUCCAGUGGUGCCAAAAGGUUCGGAGGAGGUUGGAGAGAAGAAGAAGAAGUACAGCGAGAUGAUGAAGAUGAGGGUGUUUCUUCACAGCAGUAACAGCUGUACUUCUUUAUCAAGACAAUCUCUCCUGUCUCCAGGGUCUGAAGGCACAUCACAAAAUGACUCCCAGACAGACACACCAUCAGACAGGGAAGUGUCAGAGCUUUUUAAUGGGCAUUCAACGAAGCCCCUAAGACAGAACCAGUUUACGGAUUCCAACAUUCAUGAUGGUCAGAUAGUCAAUAGCAAUGGGUUAGCUUUCAAUGGGAAUGUGCAUUCCUCCUUACCUUCUGGGGUGAGGUCAUGUGAUUCUGGACAGACUACUAUGAGGUCAUGUGAUUCAGGUCAAGCCACACUGAUGUCACUCAGCAGUACAGUGGAUUCAGGAUAUCUCACCACAGAUGCUGAGAGUGAUAUUUCUUCCUAUACCAGAAGCUUACAGAUAUCUGCUCACAACUUCUAUUCCUCCAACAAAUUAAAUGGCUAUGGACUUGGAGGUGGCCCAAAACAGGAAAGUGAUAGAAGUUUUGUUAGUGCACAGCAGCUGCAUCAAAAGUCACCAAAGCAACAUAUGGCCCCCAUGAAUAACAUGUACCCAAAUAAUAAUCCUGCAAGACAUCCAUUAAAUCCAAUGGUGCAGAAUCACAAUUCUCAAUCUCAGAUGAAUACUUCAUUUACUUCCCAAGUAAAAUCCCCAAACUCUGAAAGACAAGUGUUCAUCCCAAACAAUGUUCAUCAAGAUAAAUCUCUUGAAGUUAUUCGAAGGAAUUCAACUUCAAAUUCUCAGAGUGAAAAAGCAAGGAAUUCUUAUUCACAACCAAAUGAUUUUAACCCUCAAGGCUUGAGACAAAGUGUUUCAAAAGACCUAAAUUCAAAUGAGACAGGACAGAAAGUGAGGCCAUUAUCUGCCCAAACCUCUGGCCUUCGAAUACAAGACAGCACCGUUUCUUCUACUCAACAACUGAUGGAAAAUUCUCAACAUUCUCAAAACUCUGCCAUGCCAUCUUCUGCAGGACACUCUGCUGUCCCAAAGAAAACAGAUCAUCAGUAUUUGAUGAAGUCAAUCUCAGCUGAGAAAUCGGUCAGAAAAGAUCUGAUGGACAAUUUCUCUCCCGAAAAUUGUAUCUCCCAUUCCACCCCUACCUCAAAAGGGCUUUCUUACAGUAAUACUCUUCCAAGAUCUGCUAACCCUUACAAUCAAAAGGCACUGGGCAGUUCUUCGUCUGUCAAACAAUUCUCCAGCCCUCAGCCCGUUAACUUCACAGGGAGUGGUGCUCUUAACUGUGAUAUGAACCAUGUGAAAUCAAAAUAUACUUUGUCUUGCCACACCGAUUCAUCAGAGAAUCAAACUCCCGUCAAUUCCAAUGUGAAAUAUUCCACGGAAAGCUCAGGAUUGAAUAAUAAUAAUACUUACAUGUCUACCUCAGCACCAGGGCUUACUUCGAGUUACGGUGUUCCAAAUAAAUUAUCGGCUAAAGUGUUUAACCAUGACUACGUGAAUGUGCAAGGAAGGGAAAUCAGGCUAGGUGUGAACUAUGAUUCGGUGGAUCCAAAUUCUUCAGACGGUUCCAAUAUUUAUGAGGAAUUUAACCACAACGGUUGUCAAGAAUGCAUUAAGCAAGAAUUUCAAAGUCAGGGACCCCUUUUUCCUAGAAACAAUGUACCUGAGACUGUUUUUGUUCCCCAGAAUGUAGGAAUGAAAGUUCCAAGUCUGUUCCAAUUACUUCAAAGUUAUGACCUUCACCCCUUGUACAUAAAACUCUGUGAUAACCUCCCUGCCUCAGACUUCAUUACAUUCUCUGAUUGCUCCAUUGCACUGCAGAGCAUGAAGCACGACAAAAGAGAUGCCAUAGCAAUAUCUACCCCCCACGGUAAAUGUGCUACAAUAGGGGGUCCUGGAAGUGCCUUCACUCCUGUCAAGAACGCUGUUGUUAGUACGUCCUCGACCUUCUCCAUGGUAACGGUUGCCAACGUUACCACCCCAGCAGGAUGUGACUUUGCAGGGAUUCAGAAAGGGGACAUUGUUAUUGAGGUAAAUGGUGCUACUACAAUGUCCAUCCCUGCCGUGUCACUGAAGGCUGCUAUCCAGUCACAGCCAGGGGACAUCAGACUGCUGAUUGCCAGGCCAAAGGAGGAGAAAGAAAAAGAAAUUGAAACACUGGAGAAGAAAAAUGAAGAAAUAGACAACCUGAAAAAGCAAUUAGCCACCAUGUAUAUGGACCUACAAAAGAAAAAUAGUGCUUUACAGGAGCUAAAUUCUCAGAGAAAUGUGACAAUUAAAACCCGAAAACCAGAAAUUAAUGGAAACGUCAUGAGCCAUGAAGCCAUUUUGAAUGCUUUAAGUGAAGAUGAAUACAUUGUUUGAUUAAUAUUUGUUUGGAGAAUAUUUUAAAUGUUCAUUUUGUCAUGAAUAUUUUUCAUCAUUGAAUCAUUUUUCUAACAGAGGAAAUUCAGAAGAAAUCAAUUAACUUAACUUAUAUAGUCACUCGCUCAUCAGUAACAAUAGGUAUCCAUGUAAACAUUUAAUUAUUUGUUUUUUCUUAGUGCAAUGAGAAGAGAUGUGAGAAUGUUCAGUUUAAUAAGUGAAUUAUUUGUUAUCAUUGCUGAGUUAUAAAUAGAUCUGAUGCAACUUACAGAUAUCACUGUUAGGUUCCCUUUUGCAAUACUGGAAUCAUAUUAUUCUUGUCAGAUGUUUUUGAGUUCAGAAUAAUAAAUUAAG